AUGUUUGGAUUGGUACAUGGUGUGGUGGUGCUGGUGUGCAUACCAAUUGUUGCAGUCAUUGUUGGUCUCGUCUCAUGGCGAUGGAAUUGUUACAGGAAAAAUAGACAAAGUGUUGGUGGCAGAACGGAAAAUACUAGACCUGAGGGCUUGCAAGCUGGGAUUGCAAAGCUUCAUCAUCAUCAGCCAGCUGGUUUAGAAAGCAAGAGACCAACAGGAAACGAUUACUAUCGACGUGGGGUUUCAGGGAAGCCUCUGUUUAGUUGGGCUAAUCAUCCAACGUCCAUCACUGAUGCUGUAGAAAAUGGAUGGUCUCGAUUCGCUUUCACAAGUUUCAUGUCAUCCCCUUCAACAAAAUUAAGGCUUUUGGGUUUGUGCACGGUUGGUGAUCAGAGAAUAAGGGAGACAGAACCGGAGAUAAGCUGGGAAGUGUGUCAAGGUUCAGCUGAUUUCAUGCAGAAGAUUAGGCUAAAUUCUGGGUUGAAAAAGGUGUUGAAUUUAGGCAGUUCUAAUUCUACGGCUGCUGCCUCUGUGAUCAGGACAGCCCUGCCUCUGCCAGGCCCUGCCUUGGGGAACAACUCUUUCCCGCAAGAAACUUAUUUUGAGAUCACAAUUUUGUAUUCUCGUGGGGAUGAAUUGAGCGAGUCAAAUGGCAAGGUGAAGGAAGGUGAGAAGACUAAACUCAUUCAAGAGACUAAAGAAGAAAACCCAGGUUCAGAUUCUUUGGUUCAUGUCACUAGCAGUCAAAGAAUCAGCAGAAUUGAGGAAUUGAAGCUUAGUGUUAAAGAGGAUCAUCAUAAUCAUGGCAAAGGUGAGGCUAUUUUGUUGUCAGUUGGGCUCACUGUCGGAGGCUCUCUUCCUCUCAAACUUCCAGGCAGCUACCCCGGAAGCAUCGGAUUCGGCUCCAAUGGUUCAGUCCAUCUUGAUGGGAUUAAACUUGUCUUUGAAUCAGAAAAAGCAACAUGGGGAACAACAGACAAAGUUAUUGGGUGUGGGUUUGAUCCUAGACAAAAGAAAGUAUACUUCACUGUAGAAUCAGAGCUGGUCCAUGUGAUCCAUUGCAAGUCAGAGGAAUUUAGCACUCCCCUCUAUCCAAUUCUCGCAGCAAACACUGACAUGACAGUCUUGGUCAAUUUGGGACAAAGUGUCUUCAAGUAUGCACCAGCCAAUGCCCAAAGGACACCCAAUCCUUGCUUUGUUGGCCCUCUUGUGAGAUCCUCAGCUGCUGCUUUUUAUGAAGACAGCAUGGAGCUCUUCUCAAUGGAAAGACUUGACUCUCAGUGGCUCAACAGAUGUACAACCAAAGGCAGCCAAAACCCAAGUGCUGCAAACCAUGAACUGGAGUUUGAUGAGGAAUCUGAGGCUGAUUAUUUGAGAUUGUCCUGGAGAGUUGUGGUAGAUCCCCACACAUAG